UGAAGGCUGUGGGAUUGUGGAACGAGGUGCCAGCACAAGUGGUGUAUGCGAGCUCGAUUUCAACGUUUAAGAAAAGUUUGGAUAGGUAUAUGGAUGGUAAGGGUAUGGGGGGCUAUGUUCCCGGUGCAGCUCGAUGCGGGUAGGCAGUUUAAAUGGUUUCAGCAUGAACUAGUUGGGCCGAAGGGCCAGAUUCUGUGCUGUACUUUUCUAUGACUCUGCACAACUUUAAUCCAGAGCAGUUUCUGUGACGGUACCAAGGACUUUACACGGAAUGUUGCUGGUGAUAAUUGUGGGUUGUUUUAUUUCAUGGAAUGGUGCGUCAGUUUGAACAGCUACAGUUUAUAGCCAUUUACGAAUUUCUCAGUGCCGCCAGCUUGGUUUUAUUCGCACAGUUACAGAAAAAAAAUCUGGAAGGGACAAAAAAAAAACACUCGGCCUUUAUUUUCCUUUCUAUCGACUUCUUAGAGAAUUUGCAGAUCAGCACGGAACGGCGAGGAGAAUUUAGGGGCGGGUCCGCACAUAAGAGGAGCAAAUGAAAAAAAGAAUGAGAAACCCUUCAAAAAGAGAAAAUUGGCGAUAAAAUCGCUCUGUGACCGUGCGGCGUGGGUCAAAAAAGAUGAGGAUUCCAUACAAAGUAGUCCAUCUCCAGAAAGAUCACACACUGACUGACACGUCUAACGAUCCGGAGAUGGUGGUCAAAAGACCAGGCACCGUGAAUCUCAACCCUUCGAGAUGGCACGAAAGCUGCGUGGAUUCGAUAUCCUCCAAACAGAUGCCACGGUUGACUCUGUCAUCUGGGUGCGCGAGGAGGGAGUCGCCCGCAUGGAUUUUCCCUUAGUGCUCCAGCCCGAAACCAAGAGGAGCACAAGUCCAACGUCUCCUCACUUGCAAAGGCGCGAAUCUGUUAACUAUGUUGUAGUGUCUUUGGGAGGCCAUAAGCAAGACAGAAGCAGAUGCUGCCUAACCUGUUCAGUUCUCCAGCGGUUUGUUUGCUCCAGAUUUCAUCACCUACAGUCACUCUGUCACCAUUGAUAAACGGAUGAAGGUCUGGAGGAGGCGGAAGCUCUGACGGACAGAUUCCGGUUGUGGUUGCCAUGGUGCGGUGCGGCCCCGCGUUGCUGAGAAAGUAUGGCAACUUUAUUGAUAAUCUUAGACUAUACGUCCGUGGGGGCACUGGUGGAAUGGGCCUCCCCCGACUUGGAGGUGAAGGUGGAAAUGGUGGGAAUGUCUUGGUUGUUGCACAAGAUGGAAUAACCUUGAAGAUGAUCAAGGAUAAAUAUCCAAAUAAACGUUUUAUAGCUGGUGUUGGUGCUAACAGCAGCAUACGAUCACUUAAAGGUGCAAAGGGAAAAGACUGUGAAAUUUAUGGCCCAGUUGGAAUUUCAAUCACUAAUGAUAAUGGGAAAAUAAUAGGUGAACUGAACCGAACAGGGGAUCGGUUAAUUGUAGCCCAGGGUGGUCAUGGCGGAUCAUUUAGGACUAACUUUCUGCCUUCUAAGGGCCAAGGUGGAAUCAUAAGAAUGGAUUUGAAGCUGGUAGCAAAUGUUGGAUUGAUUGGGUUUCCAAAUGCUGGGAAAUCUACACUAUUGAGCAAAUUGUCUCAUGCAAAACCAAAAAUUGCAGAUUAUCCAUUCACUACUUUGAAACCAGAAAUUGGAACGCUAUUAUACAGUGAUUACAAACAGGUGUCAGUAGCAGAUCUGCCUGGUUUGAUUGAAGGUGCACACUUAAAUAAAGGAAUGGGUCACAAGUUUCUUAAACAUGUAGAGAGGACCAAGCAACUUCUUUAUGUGGUGGAUGUGACUGGAUUUCAACUUUCAUCUGAAACACCACUUAGAAAUGUAUUUGAAGCUGUUCAGCUUUUAACAAAGGAGUUGGAGCUAUAUAAAGUGGAGCUUUUAUCAAAGCCUGCAUUGUUAGCCGUAAACAAAAUGGAUUUGGAGAAUGCAGCAGAAAAAUUUAAAGAGCUGAUGCAACAGCUUCAGCAGCCUCAAGAUUUCUAUCACUUAAUUCCAGAAGAAAUGGUCCCCAUGAGACAAAUCCAGUUUAAACACAUAAUCCCAAUCUCUUCAUUAACUGGAUAUGGAAUUGAAGAAUUGAAAAACUGUAUUCGAAAAUCAUUAGACGAUCAGGAUGACCUAGAAAAUGAACAUUAUAGGCUUGAAAAGCUGCAGAAUUUACGCUUAAACACUCCCUGAAAGUAAUUAGAACAUUCAAAGCUGUUGAUUAUUGGAGAUGAGUCUUCAAGGAAACUAUUGAUUAUAUUCAUGAUUAAAAGAUGCAAGACCUUAAUAUGACUUCAAGUGCUCAGAUUUUGCUUGUGUGGAACGGAUUUAUGAAAGACAAAGUGGUGGGACUGGUUGCAAGGUAAAGAAGGCCAUCCUCAGUAAAGCUGCGGAUAUUGUCACAUUAAGAUUUUCACGUAAUUAUGCAGUACACAAGAUUGCCAUUUGGCCCAUCAUCAUUGUGCUGCCUCUUUUAAAGAACACACAAGUCAUGCUAAUAUCCUAACUGCUUAUCACCUUUUGCUCAAUUAUAUAUUACACAUUAGGUAAUGGUAGGGGAAGAGAGGGAAGGAUGUUACUGUUGGUUUAAAACCAGAACAGUUUAAUUCAACUAACUGCAAGUUUUAUAGCAUAUCAGAAAUGCUAAUUUAUUGCCUGGGAUUGUUAUGUUGAUUCUUGACUUACAACAGAAGUUCAUGACAAGUGGUGCAAUGUUUGCUUCCUUUGGAAAUGAAGAGAAGUGAAUGCUGAUGAAGAAGCCAUAGAUAGUCAACAGAAGAGCCGUGUGUGAUGAUCUAAACUCGAGGUUUAUCUGCCUUUACAUGUUCAUGAGCCAGUAACUUGAGAAGUAUUCAAAUGUUCAAGAUGCAGCAUUGUGUGUACUUAACCAAGAGGUUGCAGGAAGAAGUGGGUGUUGAGAACAUCUCAUUUGAUGAAGCAGCUUGGCAAAUCAGCCUGUCGGAUUAAAUCAUCUUAUGAUCAGUGAUGGAGGGAAUGCUCUCCGUUCAUUUGAUUCAUGUAUAGACCAAUGUUAUAGACCACAUUCAGGCCCUAUACUUCAUUCCACUCAGAAUUCUGGAAAUUAUAUCUAUUGCCUUUUCUUCCUCCUGAAUUGUGAUUGUUGAAUCACAAGGGUCGUAAAACUUGUUUGACUAGUGCAUUUUCAAAUGCUUCAAAAAUCAAAGGCAAAAUAGCAAAAUAUCUAUGUGACCUACCUAACCUUUUUUCUCUUUCUUUCUGGACACUUUUAUAUGGUGUUCCCACAGUAAUUUCAGCAGAGAUAAUGCGUGCAUUCCACUGAUUACUUGAGUAGUGAAGUUUGUGUGGACCUUUAGUCCUGAUUCUUGUGCUGCCGUGGCUUUGGCAAAUUCUUCUAAUCUUCAUGGCUACUACGGUACUGUAGAGAAUACUAAAUGUUUCACUCCAAAUGUUUCAACAACAUUAAUAAAUGUCCUCUUUUACAUUCUGCUUGUCUGACCAGGAGGAUUAAACAAAAGCAUCAUAGCCUAAACCAGAGUACAAGGCAGUGACAGGAAAAACAGGAAUGUUUCUAUUAAUCAUUACUAAAAUAGUUGAUGACAAACCUUAUUGCAAAUUAAAGAUCUUUUGCAGAAUUUACAGUUUGGAAUGUAAAAAAUUCCAUUCUGGAGGUGAUAGGAUCAUUAACAUGUAAUAUACCAGAUUCCAGGUUAAACAGAAGUAGUUUUUUAUUAAGUUACUAUAUUACAAUAGUAUAGUUUGAGAAAAGCAUUAAUCUAAAAUGUUGCUUUAUAUACAACAGCACAAUAAAAUCCAUGGUCGGUAGAAGCUUAAGACUCAGCCAAGGAAAAUUAGCUUUUCUAGAUCAUCACAUUGCCAGCAAGUAAUAUACAAGUUCAUAACUUGAAUUAAUUUCUAUAACUGUUCCAUGAAAGUAUACAGAAUGGGUGUAAAACUGCUCGAAUGAUGCAGAAAUGGGAAUGGCAACUAUUUUAUAAAGUUGCCAAGACUCUUCCAUUCAAUUACAUUUUAUAGCCAGCCUAUUACAGUUGCAUCCAUAGCACUAUAGUCUAAGACAAAUAUUAAAAUUGAUCUUGUUUUUAAAAUGGCAUUUCAUAAAAAAUCAUAUGGUGACAUGACAUUUCGUUGGCAUGCAGUUGAUGUGGCAAAUAGCAAACAAUAUUUUGCAAUUAUGCUGCUGUGGAAUAAAGAGGAGUUCAGAAUGGCUGAAAGCAUGAGGUACAAUUUAACAUGCGCUUCCAAUAUGCUGUGAGAAUUAAGUAUUCAAUGGAAUCUUUAAACCAUUCUAAUUGUUUCACAGAAAUAUUCUUUGUAUGUUAUUUUAAUAUCUAUGGAGCUAACUGUAUGUAUACAUACAUACAUCACAUUUGAUUACAGUGAUACAUUACAAGUUAGCUGGUCAUUUCUUAAUGAAAGUGGAGAUGCACUUUUCAGCCUACAAACUGAACCAUUGUAGAGGUCCAAGAAAUAAUUUGACAAAUGGUAAUGAAAAUGCUACAAAAUAAUAUGUAGCCACAUUUUGUAUGGUUAUAAUGAAAUUUAAUGUUGAAAUCAAUUCUUUAUAAAAAAUCAUGUGAGAUGUACACACCUUAGAACCACACCUAUUAUUAACGGUAAUCUUACUGCCCAUAAAUUAAAUUAUGAAGCAUUUUACCUAAAUUCUUUAAACCAGGCUAAACUCAUUGGUGAAAAUGAAGAGAUGGUAGGAUAUUUUCUAAAACAAGGAAAACUUUCUAAACCACUCUUUGACAUGGAUAAUUCUAACACUUAGAAGCAUAACAUUGGAAAGCAUAAAAAUAUUUAAUAAUAUCUGAGUUACUUACUCAGUGGAGCUGUUUAAAUUUCACUAUUAAAUCUUCAUCUCAUUGAUCCACAUGAAUCAGAUAUCCCACCAUACUUUGACUAAAUACCCAAUUCAUGUGCAUUGAUGAUGUGAAGAUUCAGCAGUGAAGCAGUUUUGGGCAAUUGUUAUUUUACUGUUGGAAAGAGAUUUGACUUUGGGUACUAGCCUUAAAUGUUUAUGACUUUUGGCUGCCAAUUGUACUCAUUUUGUCAUAAUUUUCAAUGGAAUUGUGUGUCCAGGAUUGAGUACACAGCCAAGUCUCAAGUGUGAGCACCCAGAGGCAAAUUUCUUCUAUCCUUUACAAAAAUUUUGAGAAUGUUAAAUGUAAUCAUUUCAUUGUAAGCUGCAGAGAAAAAAGAGAAUUCACGGUAUCUUAACAUUACUGUAGACAAUUUGGGCAUUUUGAUCUGCUCAUGACAAACAAAUUGAUUCAAGAAAUAAAGAUUUUCAGAUUAUGACACAAUUUGAAUUAUACAAAGGCACUUAGAUUUAAAUGCUGUUACUCAAGAUAAUGAAGCCCCCAUGUCUAUAGACUGGUUUUCUACAAUGUAAUCAAGAAGCACCUGAAAUUCUAUCUGGAGUUCCACUUUUCUCCCACCAUGUCUUGCGAGACUGGACAAAUACAGGAAAAUGUAAGUUAUAGUUUGCAACCAACUGACCUUUACAACAUAAACAAUUGUAAGGAGUUGAGUUGGAUUGUGGCUGUCCAGUGAAACCUUAGGCAUAUUUAUUCUAGAGGGCACACUAUAUGUAAUCAUAGUGUCACUGCUGGAUUGCGACCUGAGAAAUUUUGAAAAGUGUUUCACAAUUUACAGAUUUAAAUACAUAGCUUCACAUUUGAAAUGACAAUAAUUUGAUUGAGAUAGGCAGGUGAUUUUGCAUGUUGGGAAUUAUACAUACAUUUAACUGGUUCAAAAAUGUUGAAAAAGCCAUAUUGGACUUUAGUGCAGGGAAAUGUCCUCAAGUUGCUUCAGAAUCAUUAGGAUAAUGAAUGUCAAAGCAAAGCUAGGAAGGCAAACGUUGUGUAUGGACAUCUGAUGACGGUGUUAAUGGUGGGAUGAAGUUAAUGAACAAUGGACUGACAUUUAUUUUAGAGGAACAAAGACAUUUGGGCAUUGAAGAUUAGAAGGAUGGAGAGAUGGGAUUGGUGGUUAGCAUUGGAGAAGAUUGAAAGUUAAAUAGACUUUCGCCAUUGGAUAAAACACAGAUGGGAAUUUUAAUUUUGGAUUUUGAAGGCCAACAUAGAUCAGCAAAGACAGAACAGCAUCUGAGAGGGAUUUGGUGCAGCAUUGUUUUACCACCAGUUUUGUGUGUGUUUAUGUUUCAGAAGGAAAUAGAAAGGAGCCUAGGGAAACAAGUACUGAAGGCCACGUCUAGAAUUUUGAAAGACAGCAAACGUGUUCAAAUCCUUUGUUAUUCUUAAAAGUAACCUAACAAAAGAAAAAAAACACAUUUAUAAAUGAUUAUAAACUAGAUACAAGCAUAAUCAGUUUUUGAGAUUGUUCAAGAUAAACCUUUCAUUAUCAUCAAACCAGAUUGUAGAGGGGCAUGCUGGGUACAGCCAUGUACCUAAAAAUGCAGUGCCAAGCUGCUAAAGCUCCCAAUACAGAAUUACAUGCAUGCUAAACAGUAAAGACAGCAUGCAACAGACAGAACUAGGUGAUCACCCAAUCAGAUCUAAGUUCAACUGACCUCAUACAUCUUGUAAACUUUGAUUGACAGUAGCUUAGAGGAGGCUCCAGGAAUGUUCCUAGUCUCAACAAUGAUGGUGCUCCUGGCAAGUGAGUGCUAAAAGCUGAUGCAUGUACAAUAUGUUCAGCCAGAAAUUCCAAGUGGGUGAUCCAUCUUAAGUCUUUCUCAUGAGACAGCCAUCAUCAUAGAAUCAAUCUAAUUCACUCCAUAUUAUCAAGAAAUGGCUAUUGCAAGCCUGUGAGACAGUUCAAUAUCUCAGCUGUAGUUCAGAAUUAGUUAUUCUUAUAGCCAUGCUGUCAUAGUACAAAUUAGGUGCCUACCUAACAACAUAGAAAAUUGUCCAGGUAUGCCCUGUCCUCAAAAAAAGCUGGACAGAUCCAAUUGAAACCCAUUCUAUUUACUCUCAGACAUCAGCAUAUGGAAGGAAGGAGCCAUUGUCAGUGCUUUAAGCGGCACUUACCUACUCACCACUAUCUAGUUAAGGCUUCACUAGGAUCACUCUUGGUCCAAAUGUGGACCAAAAAUCUCAAUUGCUGAUAAAUAUUUUCCUCCAGCUGUUAUACAGGUGAACUGUUAGCAUGUCUGCCUAAUGCAUUUUUUUAAACAUAAUUCCUCUUGUGUUUGAAACAAAUAGACAUUUUUGUAUUUUGGUGAGGAUGGCUUAUUUAGUGAGUGACACAACGUUAAUUAUAUUUAACUGCGACUGAAAGUUUUCAUAUAUAAAUACGGAACUAUGUUUUAUAAUGUAUAAAGUUGUUACACCCAAGCACUUCCUUAUCUGCAGAUGCUGGAAAUACAAAAUAAAAGUGGAAAAUGCUGCACAUACUCAGCAGGUCAACUAGUAUUUGUGAAAAGAGAAAUAGUUAUUUUUUAGGCACAUGAGUCUUCAUCAGAAUUGGAAAAAUGGAAAGAAAAACACAUUGUAAGUUAGGAGGAGGAGUAGUGGAGAGAAGAAAGGGAAACUGUGCGAUAGGGUGGAAACUCAUUCUCUCCGCUCCUACACCUUAAACACAGUUUUUUCACUUCUGUCUAGUUCUAGUGAAAGCUUAUCAACUGAAAUGGCUAGCUCUGUUCCUCUUAUCAUAAAUGCUGCCUGACCUGCAAAGUACCUCCAACAGUUUUUCCCCCAUUAAAUUAUCAGCUUUCUUCUUCAUCUAUGGUGUAAUGAAGAUUCAAUAAUUUACAUGAAAACACCAAAUCUAUCAAUAUUAAGUCUGACAUGACCAUGUUUUGAUUUGUAGGGCAAGCAACAAUUGCCUGAUGUUGUCAGGUAAUGUGAAAAACACUGUACAUAUUUACAAAAUACUCUCUGAGCAAGCAUUUCUGCAAGUAUCAAAUAUAUGAUUUUGAUCUUCAAUUGCAUAUUCCAUUUCUUUAACACAAUAACCCUUACAAAUGCAAUUAUUUGUCCUGUUAUGCAGCUCAAUCCAAAGCAAUUUUUUAGGGGGGAAAACAUCUUUUUAUGUCUAUGCAAGUACAGUUUGUUCUACUGACUACUAGAACAAAAGGGAUCCGUGCACAGUAUUAUUCAAUGCAGUGAAUGUGUACUCAGGAGCUUUCAACUGAGCCUCGCUGAAAAAUGGGCUCUCAAUCUUCUUCCAGAGGACUAAGCACCAUAACAUACGCAAAUACAUGAUAGAGCUUUUUUAUUGUCUUUUUUUCCAGGAAGAGUUCCUGUUCCCAGAUCAUUGUUUCAGUGCAUUAUUUUACACAAGAAUGCUGACUCUUCAUAGAACAUUGUUUUAUUACUGGUGAGCCAAAGUCUAUUAUUUUAUAUUUAGAAGCCCUGGUUUUUGAAGUUAGCAGAGGGAGUUUAUACUCCUUUCGAAAGUCUCAUUGGUGGUCUGGAAAUUCAUUCAUUAGAGACAUCAGUGUAAGGCUGCCCCUUUAUAAAACUGGAAAGAAAUCUUUAGUUGUUCAGAUCCACUG